UGAAUGUGCCAUUGCAGACGAGCAGGCUGGGGAAGAAGUAGGGGAAAGGGCGAGGAGGAAAGGGCUGGCCCCAGUCCCUCCUGCAGGCAGCCGUGGGCGGGUUCUGUUGCAAGCAGGCAGGAGAGUCCCGCUGCCAUGGCCUUGCUCCGAGGUGUGUUCAUCGUUUCUGCCAAGAGGACCCCAUUUGGGGCAUAUGGAGGUCUCCUCAAGGACUUCACCGCCACAGACCUCUCAGAGUUCGCAGCACGGGCAGCUCUGUCCGCCAGCAAAGUGUCUCCUGAAAUCAUUGACAGCGUGAUUGUUGGCAAUGUCAUGCAGAGCUCUUCAGAUGCGGCUUAUAUUGCCAGACACGUCGGGCUGCGUGUCGGAGUGCCGAUCCCAGUUCCAGCUCUGACAGUUAACAGGCUGUGUGGGUCAGGUUUCCAGUCCAUUGCCAACGGAUGCCAGGAAAUCUGCCUCAAAGAAUCGGAGGUCGUGUUGUGUGGUGGGUCAGAAAGCAUGAGCCAGUCUCCGUACGCUGUCAGAAACAUCCGCUUUGGAACAAAAUUGGGAGCAGAUCUCAAGCUGGAAGACACCUUAUGGGCAGGCCUAACAGAUCAGCAUGUUAAAACCCCGAUGGGACUCACAGCUGAAAACCUGGCUGCAAAAUAUGACAUCACACGAGAAGACUGUGACCACUAUGCGUUGAAGACUCAGCAGAGAUGGAAGGCUGCUCACGAAGCAGGUUACUUUAAGGCGGAGAUGGCUCCCAUAGAAGUGAAAGUCAAGAAAGAAAAGAAGAGCAUGGAUCGGGAUGAACAUGCCCGGCCGGAGACGACCCUGGAGCACUUGAGAAAGCUGCCUGCGGUCUUCAAGAAAGACGGGACGGUCACCGCCGGAAAUGCCUCAGGAGUCUGCGAUGGAGCCGGAGCCGUGAUCAUUGCUAGCGAAGAGGCUGUCAAAAAGCACAGCCUCGCUCCUCUGGCCAGAAUAGUGGCUUAUCACGCAUCUGGAUGUGACCCCAACAUCAUGGGCAUUGGUAAGUGA